AAAGUAGGUUUGUAGCCGGUAUAUAUCAGCCACCGCCUCUCAGCCAAACUAGUGAAAUCACCUUAAUCCAGCUCUAUCCAACUUGAUUCCAUCAACAGAUCAGAAUCUGCCUGAUCCACACGCAUACGCGGAAUUCGUUCAGUCUUAUUCUACAUAUUUAUCAACUUCUUGGGAACCCUUUCAACCGUAGACGAAAACAAUGGCUUCCAUUAAUUUUUCUUGCACAUCGACUUCGCUUUCUCGCUCUGGUUCCAGACUGUUCAAUGGUCAGCUACGAGGAAAUAUUCAGUAUGUGAAUGGUCAUGGUGUAGAAGUCUUGAAACAGCCCAAUGCCAAAUUUGACAGUUUUAGAGUCAAGGCCAGUGGGAAAAUUAGGUCAGCGCUGUUCUCAUCAGAAAAUGGUAAUGUUCCACAAUCGGCAGGUUCGGAUGUUGCAAGUAAUGCUCUCAUCAGUGAUUUAUCUGGUGGAGUUGAGAUACAAUCUGAUUCCGUAGCAUUAGGAGCACUUGCAGCUGAUAUGGCUCCUACAGCUAGUGGGUUUCCUCUUGAAAGUGAUGAAUUUGACUUGGACAUGCCAUCAGAAGGUUUCUCUAGUAUUCCUGAGGCUAUUAAAGACAUCCGUGAAGGAAAGAUGGUUGUGGUCGUCGAUGAUGAAGACAGAGAGAACGAAGGAGAUCUUAUAAUGGCUGCAUCGAAAGUUACCCCAGAGGCUAUGGCAUUCUUUGUGAAGUACGGAACUGGAAUAGUUUGUGUGAGCAUGAAGGAGGAAGACUUGGAGAGGCUGCAGCUUCCCUUGAUGGUAAAUCACAAGGAAAACGAGGAGAAGCUCUGUACUGCAUUCACUGUUUCAGUUGAUGCAAAACAUGGUACCACUACUGGUGUCUCAGCACGUGACCGUGCAACCACAAUACUGGCUCUUGCAUCAAAAGAUUCAAAGCCUGAGGAUUUCAAUCGCCCAGGACACAUAUUUCCACUGAAGUACAGGGAGGGAGGUGUCCUAAAGAGAGCAGGACACACAGAAGCAGCUGUUGACCUUGCUAUGUUAGCUGGGUCUGACCCUGCAGGAGUUUUAUGUGAGAUUGUAGAUGAUGAUGGCUCCAUGGCUCGAUUACCUAGGCUGAUGCAAUUUGUACAGCAAGAGAACUUGAAAAUCAUAUCCAUUGCUGAUUUGAUAAGAUAUAGGAGAAAGAGGGAUAGGUUAGUGGAGCGUGCUUCCGCUGCUCGUAUACCAACUAUGUGGGGUCCAUUUACUGCCCAUUGUUACAGGUCCGUUAUAGAUGGGAUUGAACACAUUGCAAUGGUUAAGGGUGAAAUUGGUGAUGGUCAAGACAUUCUUGUUAGAGUGCACUCAGAAUGUCUUACUGGCGAUAUAUUCGGUUCAGCCAGAUGUGACUGUGGAAACCAGCUGUCACUUGCAAUGCAACAGAUUGAGGCAGCUGGGAGGGGUGUUCUAGUUUACCUCCGUGGUCAUGAGGGGAGGGGAAUUGGUUUAGGCCACAAACUCCGAGCUUACAAUUUGCAAGAUGCUGGGCGUGACACUGUGGAGGCAAACGAGGAGUUGGGUUUGCCUGUUGAUUCAAGGGAGUACGGAAUUGGUGCACAGAUACUGAGAUAUCUUGGGGUUAGAACUAUGAAGCUGAUGACAAACAAUCCUGCAAAGUACAUCGGGCUCAAGGGUUAUGGUUUGGCUGUUGCAGGCAGGGUUCCCCUCGUGACCCCAAUCACCAAGGAUAACGAGAGAUAUAUAGAGACAAAACGUGCCAAAAUGGGCCACGAUUAUGGUCUAGACGCCAAUGGCAAUCCAGCGCUCAUCAGCAACAAGAAUGGACGAACAAGUGGUGAAACCGCAGCUGCAUCAGACUAAUAGUUGAAGAGAUGCACCAUCUGAUGUUCUCCCUAAAGAGAAAUUCUUGACCAUCAUUCUUUAUUUUUUUUUUGCUUGGUUGUACACUACCUUAUAAGUGGAUGUAUAAUAGAUAUUAGCAAAUGCAAUAUAUACACCUAAUAAUAACAACUAGAUUCGAUUUCUUGUGCACACAAAAUCUUA